AUGGAUUUCAUCUCCUGCAUAGUUGCUACCUGCGUAAACUGGGAUGUCAAAAGUCUGCUGCUCUUCGCCACUAUUUUUAUCCUCACUAUGGACUGCAUUAAGAACCGCCGGCCAUCCAGCUUCCCUCCAGGACCUUGGGCUUUUCCUAUCGUGGGUAACAUUUUCUCAGUGGACCACAGCAAGACCCAUGAAAGUAUGAUACAGGUAAAUGAACCAGUUUAAAAAAGAUAUAUCCAACAGGUCAACUCAAAGAACCAACUUAAUGUUUCCAGUUAUAUUAAGCAUUUUAUUUUCCUCCUCUCUUAAAUCUGUUCACAGUUAGCAAAGAAGUAUGGAGGUGUGUACAGCCUGCGAAUGGGCCAGGAGUGGCAUGUAAUCUUAAAUGGGUUUGCUGUUCUGAAAGAAGCUCUUGUAAAUCAAGGAGACGGUCUAGCCGAUCGCCCAUCCCUCCCUCUGCUUGAUGACCUGAACCAUGGAUUCGGUGAGAGGAUUUUAAACACACAACAGGCAAAUACUGAGUCAGCAGUGGGACUAAAUGGUUAUGUUAGUGGGUCACUGUAUUGGCUUGCAUAAUUGCCCCUAUUGAGAAGUAGCAGAUGAGUAUCUGAAAAACUCUAGUGGCUUAUUUAUGAGCAUUUUUGAAAUAUCACGAGUAAACAUAAAAGGUGAUUAAAUAUAUGAAAAAGAAAUCUGUGUUUUGAUCAAUCUUGACUCCUUCAUUUGUUUUGGAACUUAAAAGAAAUAGUCAAUUCAUAAAAGUUUUUCUGACUGUGAAACUGAGUAAAAUUGGCGACAUAUUUUCCAUUUUAUUGAAAAGAUUCAAUCACAGAUGCACACACAACAAAGACUGAUGAAUUAUAAACAUGUUUAUAUAAAAACUCUGAUUCUCCUCAGUAUUUUGCUGCUUAAAUUUUCCUCAUUCCCAAUGUUCUUCCAAUCAGGGGUCAUUUUUACGAAUGGGAACAUGUGGAAACAGCAGAGGCGUUUUGCGCUCUCCACCCUAAGACAUUUUGGAUUUGGCAAGAAGUCACUUGAACCAGUCAUCCUGGAUGAAUUCACACAUUUUUCAAGAGACAUCCAGAGUUAUAAAGGUACAGAUUAAAUAUACAGUUAUAAAUUUAUGGCAGAAGAACCUGCACAUAAACAAACAAACAAAAAAAAACUAACUUUCUGUUUUAUUUUGAAGGAAAGCCCUUCGAUCCAUAUCUCAUCCUCAACAACGCUGUCUCCAACAUUAUCUGCUCCCUGGUUUUUGGGCAUCGCUUUGAGUACAGUGAUGUGAAGUUUCAGAAACUGAUGAGCUGCCUUGAUAAAGGACUCCAGUGUCAAGGCACAAUUUGGGCACAGGUAUGCUAUUUUCAAACGAUCCUGACAAAAUACAACUUAAGAUCUAAAAUGCCCAACAAAUGGGGGGGGGGGGGGGGGGGGGUCAGUAUUAAGAAUGUAUUUCUUUUCUAUACCCUAACAUCACUUUAUUUUGAUUUUUUUCUGCUCUGCAGUUACACAACUCUUUCCCCCGACUGAUGAGACGUUUACCAGGACCACAUCAAACAUCCCUGGAUAUUUUCAAUGAGGCAAAGGAGUUCAUAAGAGAAGAGAUUAAGAAGCACAAACAAGACUGGGACCCCUCUGACCAAAGAGACUACAUUGACUGCUACCUGAAUGAAAUACAGAUGGUGACUGGCACUAGAUACAUCUUUAAUUUUCACUCAUUAAGUAGUGUUCAUGAAAUGUUAAGAGGUCCAUUUUUGUAGGAAACAUGUUUUUAAUUGUCACUUAUGUUGUUUAUGUUGCACUGACAUGACUUUUCAUAAAAAGAGCCUUGCUGUUUGUUUAUAACUUUAUUUGUAUUUUUGCCAUGUACUCUAUGUCCCUUUGUUUGAGGGCAUUAUAUCUUACAGAAUACAACUAACUUUAAACCCUGAAACAGCAGCUUGCAACACUUACAGAUUAAUUUGGUGGCGCUGCUGUCUAAUUGUUUUGAAUUACCAGAGCACUUUAUUAACACAUGUAUUUGGAUCUAUUCUUAGGGGAAGGGGAAGGCUGGCAACACUUUUGUGGAAGAAAACCUUGUGAUGUGCGGCUUGGAACUUUUUGUGGCUGGCUCUGAAACAACAUCCACCACCCUGCGAUGGGCUAUCCUCUACAUGACAAAGUACCCUGAGAUCCAGGGUAAGAACACUAAUCAGUCCACUGCAUACUUAAAGGGAUAAUCUGGCGUAAAAUUAAGUUAGGGUCAAACACACCAUAACACCGAGUUAGACAUCCCGUUGAGAGAUUAAUUUUGCCGUCUGCUUGCUUCUCUAGUUAUACCAACUAUAGUAACAACCGCAAGACAGCAAUACAGAGAGCCAUGCGCUCAACCAAAAAGCCACUCUAUAGCAAGAAAUAAUGCUCAGAAAAGCACCUAACUUAAUCAACAGUACAUAUAGGGUCUCAGCCAUAGCACUAGCCACAAAACAUCUUUUUAACUUUGCCUAAUUUCUUAGGCAAAGAGACUAAACACAACUCAUCCACUCUCUUCCAGCAGCCACUUGUUUGUAGCGAGACCUUGGGCCAGUCCAUGACGAACUACAGCGAGGGGAUGCAGCUCAAGAAAGAACAUUUGUGAUCAUUACUUUAUCAUUGCCUUGAAGUAAUAAUCAUCAUAUUAAUCAUUUUGCACUGCAGAUGCGGUAGUUCUUCUGUCUUAGCAUCUCUGUCUGAUUGCAUUUCCAUGAAGAAAUAAUCAUAAAUGUUCUUCCUUGAGCUGUGUCACCCCACUGCAAUAAUGGACUCAUCUGUGGUCUCCAUGCAAACAAGUGGCUGCUGGAAGAAAGUAGGUGAGUUGUGUUUAGUCUCGUUGCUAUAGAAAUCAGGCAAAGCUAAAAAGAUGUUUGGUGGCUUGUACUAUGGCUGGGACCCUAUAUGUACUGUUGAUAAAGUUAGGUGCUGUUCUGAGCAUUAUUUGUGGCUAUAGAGUGGCUUUUUGUUUGAGGUUUGUUUAUGGCUCCUCAGACCGCUGUGUAUUGCUAUUGUGCGGCCGUUACUAAAGUUGGUAAAACUACAGAAGCAAGCGGUUGGCAACAUUUAUCUCUCGAUGGGGUGUAUAACUUGGUGUUACGGUGUGUUUGACCAUAACUUAAUUUUACACCCCUUUUAUCCCUUUUCAAAUGUGGUGUUUAACACAGAUAUUGGUGGCAAAAUCUUAGGGGUAAACUAAACAAUCACGUUUCGAUAAAGAGCUUAACUUACCUGACAAAUAUUGUGCCAACACAAGUCCUUCAUCAACUCUAUGCCGCAGACAUCACACUCAAAAAAAGUGGAUAACACAGGGACUGGCCUACACACUUAAAUCAUCUGAAUGGUUUUUUAUCUCACAGCAAAAGUCCAGGCUGAGAUCGACAGAGUGAUUGGAAGGUCCAGACAGCUGUCAAUGGAUGAUCGAGCACACCUGCCCUACACAGACGCUGUCCUUCAUGAGAUCCAGAGAAUGAGUAGCAUAGUCCCCCUUGGCACGCCUCAUAUGACCAACACGGAAAUCCAGCUGGAAGGUUACACUAUACCAAAGGUGACUUUUCAGAAAAUGUGUUUUUAUGUCAGAUCUUUAUAUUGUAUAAUAUUAGCUGAACGGAAUCGUUUCCAGAUGAAAGUCUGCAUCCUGACUUUGGUCGAGGUUUAAAAUUCUCUGCUCUAAUUUCCUUGCUUAGCCAAGCACAACUCUGGUAGCCAAACAGUGAGUUAAGUGAAGCCAUAAAUUCUUUGCAAUUACUUGUAACUCAUAAAACUUGUGACCCAAGAAACUGAUGGUUAAAAUCCUACAAUAAAAUAGGAGAUCGAUAGUAAACACAAUCCAUACGCGUUGCUUGAAAAAUAUAAAACUGCAUUAAAAGUUGGUUUUAGGACAAGAGGCUGAACAAAUGUUGGACGCAUGUGCAUUCUUCAUGAUACAAAACAUUUGGUUCAGAUCACUCUGAAAGUUGGUAAAUACUGUUUGUGUUUUGCUAUCAUGUUUUGUUGAAAUGCUAUUGUGUUUUCUGAUUUAUUGUGUUUUUUAAGCUCUGUGAAACAUUUGGACCUCCAGGGCUACAGUUAACAAUAUCACAAUAACAAUAUCAUUCUUACAAACAGGGGGUUACAGUUAUUCCAAAUUUGACCUCAGCACUAUAUGACAAGGAUGAGUGGGAAACCCCGUUCACCUUCAACCCAGGACACUUUCUGACUAAGGACGGCAAGUUUGUGAAGCCAGCUGCUUUCAUCCCUUUCUCUGCAGGUGAGGGUCAACACAGACCUUUGUUUUAUUUGAGUCUUUUUCUGUUAUUCAAGAAGCCCAGAGGUUGCUUCAGCAAUCAUGAGGAACCAAUGGUGCACCACAUUUUUAUUUCACAGGGUUCUUACGCUAUUUUAAGUCAAAUUUAAGGGCUUUUGAUAUGUUUUUAAGGACCUGCAAAAAUGUAAUUUGAGAAGCCUAACUAUUGAAAAAGCAUCUUCGAUUGAAACUGGAACAUCAUUUUUGUACAUGAUGAACAUCAUGGGCUCUGUGUUCAUGCCUCUCCGUCGGCGUGGCGCAGGCGCAGUAUAGGUCAUCUGUUCAGCCUUGCUGCCGCAGCAGGUCGGGGGAGAGGACACAGACGCAUCUUGUUCACUCCAUCAUGUGUGACUAUUUACUGAAUAUUUAAUGAGGUUCCAGUUGGGUUAGUUCAGUCAGGAUGAGUGUUCAAACCCGCGCGAAACGGGCUCAUCUGAUAAGCUGUAGAUCAGAAUAUAUCAAUAUUGAUCUUGCACUGAAUAUUGGUUGUUGUUGAUCAUUUAUUGCACUGAAAUGCGCCUGACACUGUGGAAACCUGCCAGUGAGGCUUUGGUGACAUAUGCGCACUACGCCGCUGGUCAACUAAAAUACCACUAGACCAGCUGCGCUCCACCUGCACUGAAAACUGACCAGGUUUGAAUCGGCAAGCUUUCAGCGCACUUUCCAUGCUGCCGGCGGGCAUGAAAAUGUCACUGCGCCAGCUGAUUCUGUCGACACCUCCCCCUACCGUGCCACCACGCCCAGCUUGCAUGGGGUCCGCCGCAUCUGCCAAAGCCAAACUGCUCCCUGAGUUCCUUCUUUAAGAACUCAACAAACUUCUGGUUGAUAUUAACCAUCCAUUGACACCAAGAGCAUAAUGCGGCUGCUUUGCACAGUAGGCAUUUAAAUUAAUCAUAGAAACGAUCAGUUCAAACAAUCCACAAUCAGGUGAGCGACAAGGUUGUUAGCCCCUGUGUCACGAUUUCCAUCAUUCUUGUACACGAGUCGACCAUUGACGCUGAUCGGUGUAAAAGCUUUGACUGGCUGGGUGGCAUCAUCAAAGAAUAGUUGGCCAUGUUGAACAUCGUCAGCUGGCCUAUUCCCGCUUACAGUCUACACAAGAUCAGUUUGGGUGGAUUGUCAUUAAAACUGGUCCAACAAGAAUUUUCAUUUCGGUGCAAAAUUUCCAAUGGUGACUUAAAAUAAAAAUAACCUUUCUUGAAAGAACUUCUGAAAACAAACAUUUCUACUGACGUAGUUUUGCCUCAGGGUCUAAACUUUAUCAAAAAUUCUUGUUUGUUUAAAUUUAUUUUCCUGUCUCAGGUAAGCGGAUGUGUCUUGGUGAAAGCCUGGCCAAGAUGGAGCUUUUCCUCCUCUUCACCUCCUUCAUGCAGCACUUCACCUUCUCCAUGCCUGCUGGAAUAAAGCCUGUGCUGGACUACCACUUUGGCAUCGUAUUAGCUCCACAUCACUAUGAAAUCUGUGCAACCUCACGCUUAGAGAAGCUGUAA